AACCAACCAACCAAGGAGAGAAGACCAUCUCUAUGACAGAGUUUCAUCUACAAAGCCAAAUGCCCUCAAUAAGACUCAUCUUUGGAAGGCUGUCCUUAGGCAGAGUUAAAUUCAGUCACAGCCCCAGGUAGUUCAACCUCAUUCAUGGUGGUGUCUUCUUUCUCCACCCCAGAGCACUGGAGAAGCAUGGAAAGGGGAAACCUGAGCCAAGGGAUUGAGUUUGAGCUCUUGGGUCUCACCACCGACCCCCGGCUCCAGAGGCUGCCCUUCGUGGUGUUCCUGGGCAUGUACACCACCACUCUGCGGGGGAACCUGGUCAUGUUCCUCCUGAUCCAUGUGAGUGCCACCUUACACACACCCAUGUACUCCCUCCUGAAGAGCCUCUCCUUCUUGGAUUUCUGCUACUUCUCCACGGUUGUGCCCCAGAUGCUGGUGAACUUCUUGGCAAAGAAGAAAGUGAUCUACUUUGGCUGCAUGACUCAGAUGUUCUUCUAUGCAGGUUUUGCCACCAGUGAGUGCUAUCUCAUUGCUGCCAUGGCCUGUGACCGCUAUGUCGCUAUUUGUAACCCCUUGUUCUACACAGCCAUCAUAUCUCCUGGGGUCUGUGCCUCGCUGAUUAUGGGCUCCUACAGUGCAGGAUUCCUCAAUUCUCUUAUCCACACUAGCUGUAUCUUUAGUCUGAAAUUCUGCAGUGCUCAUGUGGUCACUCACUUCUUCUGUGAUGGACCACCCAUCCUAUCUCUGUCUUGUGUGGACAGCUUACUGUGUGAGAUCCUGCUCUUCAUUUUUGCUGGUUUCAACCUUUUGAGCUGCACCCUCACCAUCUUGAUCUCCUACUUCUUAAUUCUCAACACCAUCCUGAGAAUGAGCUCAGCCCAGGGCAAGUUUAAGGCAUUUUCCACCUGUGCAUCCCACCUCACUGCCGUCUGCCUCUUCUUUGGCACAACACUUUUUAUGUACCUGCGCCCCAGGUCCAGCUACUCCCUGACCCAGGACCGCACAGUUGCUGUGAUCUACACAGUGGUGAUCCCAAUGCUAAACCCCCUCAUCUACUCUUUGAGAAACAAGGAUGUGAAGGAAGCUUUAAGAAAGAUUUGGGGUAGGAAAACAAUGGAAUAAUUUCUCAAUGCAUUACCACAUAUCUUUAGAAAGCCAAGGGAACUUUUAUCUUGGGUGGUGUCACCC